AUGGCAACCCCAAGCCUCAUCUCCAUCAACAAGCUCGCCAACACCCGUGUCCUCAUAAUCGGCGGCACGUCCGGCAUCGGCUUCUCAGUCGCCCGUGCAGCCCUGGAACACGGCGCCUAUAUCAUCAUCUCCAGCUCAAAUUCCCAGAGAGUCUCAUCCACCAUCUCUCGUCUCCAAACUCUCUAUCCAGACAAUGUCUACACCGACCACAUCACCGGCAGACCCUGUGACCUAGGCGACCAAGCCACACACAAACAGAACCUUCUUUCCCUCCUCGACUACGCUACAAGUAAUGAUGAUACUAUUGAGCGAGUAUUACUAAACCAUAUAAUCUACACCGCUGGUACUCCACCCCCACGGAUUCCUAUUGCUUCUUCCGAAACCACCGCCUCUAGUUUCUUAGCCUUGAGCACUCUCCGGCUACUUGCCCCAAUGUUGAUUGGUAAACAUGCGAAGAAAUACUUGGUUAAUCAUCAUACCUCAUCCAUAACCUUCACCUCAGGGUUAAUGGCGGCCAGACCCGCGGCGGGGUUGGCGGUGGGUGGUGCGGCAGUGGGUUCAGCGCUCGAAGGCUUGACAAGGGGAUUGGCGGUGGAGUUGGCCCCUAUCCGUGUGAACGUGGUUGCACCGGGUGCUGUCGAGACGGAGAUAUUUGAAAGGUUAGGACCUGCGAGAGAAGCAUAUAUGGAGGCUUUUAGGAGGGGGACGUUGACUGGGAAGGUGGGGAGACCAGAGGAUGUUGCAGAGGCGUAUAUUUGGUGUAUGAAGGAUGGGUUCGUCACGGGACAAAGACUUGGGAGUGAUGGGGGCGCAUUGUUAAAGGGGGCAUAG